CAGAUUGCUUUCUUGAACGUUUCAAAUACGUUUGUUUAAGCUAAAAUAAUAAAGCUCGUAAAAAUGACGAAUAAUACAGAAUUAAAGUUAGAACCUGAGCUUGAAGUUGGUCCAUUAUCGAUUUUGAAACAAUCAGUACUUAAUCAUACUCAAGUUUUAAUCAAUUGUCGCAAUAAUAAGAAAAUUUUGGGGAGAGUUAAAACGUUUGAUCGACAUAUGAAUAUGAUUCUUGAGAAUGUUCGUGAAAUGUGGAAAGAAGAUCAUAGAAAAGGGAAAGGAUUGUGCAAAAAGCCGGUUGCAAGAGAUCGGUUUAUAUCAAAGAUGUUUCUUCGUGGUGAUUCGGUGAUAAUUGUUGUUAAAAAUCCGUUGGCAAAAAACUAAUAAGUUAA